AUGACAGCUUCCAAAGGACAGGAUCGGAGUUACGUAGUGAAGGAAAUCAUUCUUUGUAUAGAAAUCUCGUUAAACCUGGCAAGUCCUAUUCUGUCCUGCGUCAUACAGUACCCCAGGCCAUGUCAGCAGCUUGCUUGCAUGACUAGAAGCAUAAUCAACAAGCCCGUCCACAAUCGACCAGUGGAAGAAUCUGGUCUUCGCCAUUUCCUUAAUGUUCUAUUCGUGAAUUUGUGCACUCUUUUCGUCGUGUUUACGUUCGACUUUUGGCUUUUAACCAUGGACACUAUGGACAUCAAAGUGGACACCGUCAAUCUGUUCGACAUCAACAAAAUAUGCAGGGCGUGCUUGACCGAUAAGGGCGAAAUGAGGAGCGUUUUCAUGCAGGACGAUACUUCAGGCCAACCGAUAAUUAUCGCUGAAAUGCUUAUGGAGUUCACUUCUGUGGAAAUUAAAAACGGAGACGGCCUACCGAGUUUAAUAUGCCUACAAUGCAUGCACGAAAUAAACCGCUGCAACUCCUUCAAGCAGCUGUUCGAACAGAGCGACGUCAACCUACGAACGUAUCUGGGCAAGCCGAUCAAUCAGAACCAGAGGCCGUUCAAGGAAGAGGCCCCGCCGCAGAGCGACUUCUCCAGCUUCUUCCUGGACAACUUCGGCAUGGAUUCCUCGUCGAGCGACAGCGACGACGACGACUACAAAGACGAGUUCCAACUGUUGCAAACCUCCUUACCCGACAACUCCAACGACGAGAAAAUCAUCGCUCAGAAACAGCUCAUUAAAGCGGGCAGGUUUCACAAAACCCGGAUAUCGAAAAAGAGACUGCUAGCCAAAGCGGGGAAGACUUCUGCAGCGAAACGGACGAAGAGAAACACCAACCAAUGCAACGUGUGCAAGAAGCAAUUCAUCAAUCUGAAAUCGUUCCGCAAGCACCUUCGCACGCACAUCGAAGACCGCCCGUUCAAAUGCAAAGUGUGCAACCGCGGCUUCACCGAGGAGAAUUACCUGAACAACCACAUGCGCACCCACGUGCCCGACGACCAGAAGCCGCACGAGUGCGAGGUGUGCAAGAAGCGCUUCAUACACAACACGCUGCUCACCAAGCACAUGUUGAAGCACAGCGGCGAGAAGCCGUUCGUCUGCAAGAUAUGCAACAAGGGCUGCUACGCCGAGAACAGCCUGCUGAAGCACAUGAAGAUCCACGAGAAGAAGGAGGGCGAUCCCGCUUUGUUGAAGCAUAUUUGCGAUUAUUGUCGCACGGAGUUUCCCGAUAGUGCCAGUUUAAGUGUGCAUAUCAAACAGCAUACCGGUGAUAGGCCUUUUGUGUGUAACAUAUGCGGUAAAUGCUUCCCACAGAGGUUUAAUUUGGAGCUACACUGUAGAACGCAUACGGGUGAAAGGCCGUUUCAGUGCGAAGUUUGCAAAAACGGAUACGUCUCUAAAGCUAGUUUAAAAAUACACAUGAGAACCCACACGAACGAACGACCAUUCGUCUGCGAUUUCUGCGGUAAAGCCUUCAGGCAAUCAGGAGAUUUGACGAGCCACAAACGGUUGCACGGCACCGAAAAGCCCAUCGAAUGUUCCGUUUGUCAAAAAAGAUUCACCACGGUGAUGAAGCUGAAGUACCACAUGCGCAACCACACCGGCGAGCGCCCCUACGUGUGCACCGUCUGCGGGCGCGGCUUCACCGUCAACACCAUCCUCCUGCGGCACAUGCGCGUCCACUCGGGCGAGCGCCCCUACGUGUGCGUCACCUGCGGCAAGGCCUUCAGCCAGUCGAGCACGCUCAACACCCACAUGAAGAUCCACAACCCGUCGAACUCGAGCAACCACGAGCGGGAGCAGAAGUUCCAGGCGGCCGACGAGCAGAAGUACCAGUCGCAGGACCAGGGCAGGCUGAUGCAACAGCAACAGCAGCAGCACAUGCAGCAGGAGCCGGUGCAGAGGAUGCUGCAGGCGCAGCAAUUGAGCGACGGUACUAGGAUUCUGGCGGACGCUUCGCAGUUGCUGGCCGAUCCGAGGUUGCUGGCCAACGAAGGGGCUAGGUUGUUGGUAAAUGUGACCGAGCCGCCGCCGCUUAGGCUUCUGGUGAACGAUAACGCGAGGUUGAUUACGAACGACAAUCGUUUGUUGUCGCAGGAUAACAGGCUGAUCGCUAAUGUUAACGUGAAUGUUAACGAUAACAGGUUGUUGGGGGACAAUGCGAGGCAUUUGUCGGUUUUGGACGGUUCGAGGAUUCUGACGACUGAUAAAUAUUUGGCGAGUUACGAUCCGUAUCAAAGGGGGCAGUUGUAAAAUCUCGCGUGGUGUUUGAUCUACUAAUUGUUUAGUGGAUUAGGCAGGGAAUGUAAUGAUUUACAUGUUUGAUAAUAUUUAGUUUAGUGCCAAAAGUAUGGACAUUUUUGUACGAUUGAAAAAAUGCGGAAUAUCGAAGUAAUGUUUAAUACAAACGUUAGGUAUCAUAUUAUCUUUUAUGAACAUUUAAUUGUUUCUUCUAAAAGUACAAAAAAGUUACUCUUAGAAAUUAGUUAAUUUUUUUAUCUAUAUUAUUUUCGUAUGUUAGUAGUUAACUGUAAUUUCUUCCUUUUGAUUCCUUAGUAUUGUAG